AUGCUAAAGACCUGCAGCUAUUUGCCUUGUACAAUUUGCUCAUUUCUCUUUAUUUCUCUGUUUUCCUGCACUCAUCACUUAAAGGACAACCUUUCUUGCAAACAAAAUCCCUGGAGCCUGAUUAGAGGGACUGAAGGCUCCCAGACACGGAUUGCCUGCCAGCCACAGCACGGCGAAGCGGGCGCGGCAGGAGGCGGAGCGGGCCGCCGCACGUCCCCCGGCCGGCCGGCCGGCCCCCCCGCCAUGGGUCGGAAGCGCUGCGUGGGGGGAGACGGCUCCAAGAUGGCGGCGGGUUGCUGCGGGGUGAAGAAGCAGAAACUCUCCAGCUCCCCUCCCUCGGGCUCGGGCGGCCCGGGUGGCGGCGGCGGCGGCUCCCACUGCGGCGGGGCGGCGGCGGCGGGGGGCGAGCCGGGGGCGCUGCCCCCGCCGGGGGGCCCCCGCCUGAACGGCAUCGGGGGGCUGGCGGGGGGCGCCGCCGGCUGCGCCCUGUCCCCGCCGCUGCCGCCCAGCUGCGGCGGGGGCCCCGCCGGCCUCUCCCCGCCGGCCUCCUCGCUGCUCGCCUCCCCCGGCUCCGGCGGGCCCGGCUGCAGGAAGAUGGUGGUGUCGGCCGAGAUGUGCUGCUUCUGCUUCGAUGUGCUUUACUGUCACCUGUACGGAUACCAGCCCCCGCGGAGCCCCCGCUUCACCAACGACCCAUACCCACUGUUUGUAACGUGGAAGAUCGGUCGAGAUAAGCGAUUGCGAGGAUGCAUAGGUACUUUUUCUGCCAUGAACCUGCAUUCAGGACUCAGGGAGUACACACUUACUAGUGCCCUUAAAGAUAGUCGUUUCCCCCCAAUGACGAGGGAUGAGCUGCCACGGCUUUUCUGCUCAGUGUCUCUACUCACUAACUUUGAAGAUGUGUGUGACUACAUGGAUUGGGAGGUGGGUGUGCAUGGCAUUAGAAUAGAGUUCAUCAACGAGAAAGGAUCAAAGCGCACGGCCACCUACCUGCCCGAGGUUGCCAAGGAGCAAGGAUGGGACCACAUUCAAACCAUAGAUUCCUUGUUGAGGAAAGGAGGCUACAAAGCUCCAAUUACUAAUGAAUUCAGGAAAACAAUAAAGCUAACCAGGUACCGCAGUGAGAAGAUGACGAUGAGCUACACAGAGUACCUUGCCCAUCGUCAGCAUCAUCACUUCCAGAAUGGUAUUGGGCACCCCCUUCCACCAUACAACCAUUAUUCCUGACACUGAGCCGCAUGACCAGUCACUGGACCUCUCUGCAGACCUCUUCCCAGGAGACCCUGCCCCUUCUUGGUCUAGCUAUCUCUAUUACUGUACCAUUUUAUGAUGAUAGUUUCCGUUGCCAUGUUGAGGCUCCUUGGUUGGUUCAGCUCAUCGUGGCAACGGGAGGGAAAACUGCAUUACUACAAAGAUCCCAUACCUUUUUCUUAUUGAUUCACUGCAGAUUUUUUUGCAGCAUAUACCCUUGGAUUUUUUAUGAAAAUUUAAAUUUCUACUUCAUUAACAUUGAAUUAUAUCAAUCAAGGCUUUCUGUAACUGUGGAUGGAAGGAAGAGUUUAAGGAUUGAAGUUAGGGAUGCUUUGCUUAGCAAGAAGGCAUUCAUGGCUUUUGCAUUAAUGGGUGUGAUAGGGAAUGAAACAUAUCAGAUUCAGGUAUUGAAGUAGACAAUGAAUUGCAUUUUCAUAACAUUCUUAAUGACGUUGUGUGUACAAUAUCUCACCUUCACAGUAAAGAUUCCAUGUAGCUCUAUACAGGAUCUCCAGAUCCAGCACAAACAGCCGGAGCACCAAGGCUGACAUGCAAAAUGCUUUUUUGGGAUGAAGAGAAGCGACUCAUGUACAGCGAGAGGUGAUGUUAACAUGGCAGCAUUUUCAGAAUCAAGUGGCCUAAAUGAUUUGGGCACAAUCCAACCCAGGACCCUUUUGUGUCCCAUCCUGUGCUGGGAAUCACAGGCAGCCCAGGCCUGUCAGGAGUAGUCACGAGAAUGCAUUCGUAAUGAGACGAUGCCUUUGUGAUGACUCAAAUUAGGAGUGACAUUUGUGUCCUAAAAACAGAUUGGUGAGUAGCAGAUGUCGUAUUAGGAAGGAAAUGAAUUUAGAUUUUAGUGCCUUUGACUAUAACAUAAUUAUAUACUUAUAUAUAAAAUUCAUAGAAAACAUAUACUUCAGACAUUUUAGCAAACCCUGUUGAGGGUGCUCUGGCAUCAGGGUUUUGGACACUUUUUUUCUCUUUAAAGUGAGAUUUACUUUUUUUUAUUUUUAUUAGCAAACUUAUUUUGGAAAAGAGAAAUCCCUGUUCUGUUCUUCAUCUGCUUUUGAACUUACUGAAUUUUAUCAAGUCUUGAAUAGUUGGAUCAAGUUAACUUUUGCUUAAUAAAAGAAAAAAACUUGUGAGAGAGCCAGGACAAGUAUGCCAUAAUGUUACAUGUUUUCAUCUAUUGCAGGAAUAGUGCUUGAGAGCUGUAAGUACUGUGUAAUAAUUCUGAUCCCCCUCCACACGGUAGAAGAAAGAAAAUCGAUUGGAACUUUUUCCUGCUGUAAAAAUAGGAUUUAGUUAAAAGGUAUGUGUGGUCUGUUUGCAAGGCCAGUUGAUGGCAGGAGCUCACUGCUUCCUCCUGUGCCUGCAGAACUCCCACUGCUGCCUGUUGCAGCACAGGCUGCCUGUUACAGAAAAGACCUUCCUAAUCUGAGUGAGUAAACCACAGUAAGCAGAAAUUCCAGUUACUUUGAAUAAUGAAUGUUUGUAAAUACAUAGAUAUAUAAAAAUCAAAUAGAUAAAAUUCAGUUUAAAAAAAAAUUGGAUUAACUGUAAAAGUGUUUCAAUAGGGUUUCAAAGUCGGAUAAGGAUAAAUUAUGCUCAUCCCUUAUGUGAGGUUAGGUCUGCCACUUAAUUUCUAUGGAGGUUCUUGUAGAAGGUCUUUGGUAUUCCUUCAUCCACAGCAUUUAUGUCCAAAUAUUACCACUUUCAGUUGCGAUGCCUUAAUUUUUAAGCAGAGGGCCUGAAAUUUCAGGAGCCAAGAGAUGCCAGCCAGAAGCUGCAAAAAUGAGUAAAUGUUUAUACAGAGGCUAUUUUGGAUGAUACUGUUGUCUUGUUUCUACUUGGGGAACACUUUUAGAUGAAUUAGUCUUCAAGUGGAAAUGUGAACAAGUGGCUACCUGAUAGAGUUGUGUUGGUUUUUUUUCUUGCCCUUAUAGGGAACCUGAGCACAAACUGAAUCAUUCUGCUGCGAAAAAAAGUCAUCCAACCCCAUCUUUAUCUGUCAUCUCGUUACAGCUCGCUCGUGCUUCUGCAUGAGCUCAUUGUUAGAAGUUUUUUAAAAAGAUCUAUUAUAUAUAAAAAUAUAUAUGUAUUGAAAGGUGCUAAUCAACCUCAAGAAGGUCACGUGACUGGUCAUGCGGAUCUAAAAUCAUAUCAGAUUUUUUAAGAAAUCUUCGAUAUAUGCAGAUGUUAUACAGAAUUUCUUACCAGUGUAAUAAUGAUAUACUGAUGAAUAAACAAUCCUGCAGGAUUUUAAGGACAAGGUCAGCAAUACUUCCCACCAUGGCUUGGGGGAGAAAAGGAUAGUUUUGUCUCCUUUUUGUAUACAGCAUAAUGCACAAUGCAUUUUUGUCUAUCUCUUAGUAGCUGUUGCUUAAAAAUAUAGUUAAGGGUGUUAUACAAACUGUAAAGGUGUGCUUUUGAACCGAGCUCAUGCCAGACCCUACUGGACCAGAGUUUUGUAUCACUAAUUUAAAAACUGUUACAGAGUCUGUGGUCAAUCAGAUUGUAUGAUUUUUUUUUUUUUUAAGAUUGGAAUAAUCAGUCUACCUACAGUGUUUCUAGGGCACCUACCUCCUCAGCACAUUGUGCUGAACUGCUGCAGAUUGUUUCUCUGUAAUUGUGGGAUUCUUUGUACCAAACGUGCAGCUCACUGUGACAUGCACUGGCACAGCACAGGUCUGUUUGCUUAAAGCUAAUCAGCAACUGCUCUCACAAAUGUCAUUCCCUCCUAGUUACAUUUAGUAGCUUUUAGCUGCAUUGUUGGGGUUAGCUACAGAUUUGUUUUUCAUUUGGGGUACUUUAUAGAAAUUAAGGUACAACCAAGUAGCUUAUUUCACUGUUUGUUAAGUUGAAAUGCUGAUUUUUUUUUUUUUUUUUUAAUGAGCACUACUCAGUUUGCCUUAUUCCAUUGAAGAGAUUGUUGGGUUUUUUUGGGGUUUUUUUCAUUCUCUUGCCUAAUGUUCCUAAAAACUCUGUUCUGUAAACUGAGUUAGACAACCAAACCAUAGACUUGACACGAAGCUGUUACUCGGUGAUGCUUCAAGUGUCCUCCCCGCUGCCAC